GAGAGCGCGCCACAGAGAAACCCUCAGUUUACCCGAUGUUAGGUAGGGGAGGCGGGUCGCCCUCUGCCGCUCCGUCUCCUCACCUGUAUGGAUGACCACUACAAUCUCAUUGAUUCCCCCUCAGCCAGCCACAGAGGGACCAACGCCGACAACCACGGGUACGCGGAGACGGAGAAGGACAUCAUGACAGUUGUCGCGUGCGAUAAUAUGCUGGAGGAAACCGCGGCGCUUCCCAGUCACCUGUCGCUGGAUCGAUACGAGCCGGACCACGAGUGCUGCGAGCGAGUGGUCAUCAAUAUCUCGGGACUGCGCUUCGAGACCCAGCUGAAAACUUUCAACCAGUUCCCGGACACGUUGCUCGGGGACCCGAAGAAAAGGAUGCGCUACUUUGACCCGCUCAGAAACGAGUAUUUCUUUGACAGGAACCGACCGAGCUUCGAUGCCAUCCUGUACUACUAUCAAUCCGGGGGGCGCAUUCGGAGACCCGUGAACGUUCCCAUUGACAUCUUCUCGGAGGAAAUUCGCUUUUAUCAACUUGGCGAGGAAGCCAUGGAGAAAUUUCGCGAGGAUGAGGGCUUUAUCAAAGAAGAAGAUCGACCGUUGCCAAACCACGAAUUUCAGAGACAGGUUUGGCUUUUGUUUGAGUACCCAGAGAGCUCUGGUCCUGCCAGAGGCAUUGCUAUCGUGUCUGUUUUGGUCAUUUUGAUUUCCAUUGUUAUUUUCUGUUUGGAAACUCUGCCUGAGUUUAGGGACGACAAGGACCCAACUACUGUCCCUCCUAUUGUAAAUGGCACUGGCCCUUUUGCGUCCAGCACUUUCACAGACCCUUUCUUUGUGAUCGAAACCCUUUGCAUCAUCUGGUUCUCUUUUGAACUGCUCGUGCGAUUCUUUGCGUGCCCCAGCAAGGCUACUUUUUCCAAAAACAUCAUGAAUAUCAUUGAUAUCGUGGCUAUUAUUCCUUACUUUAUCACUCUGGGGACGGAGCUGGCCGAGAGUCAAGGCAACGGCCAGCAAGCCAUGUCGCUCGCCAUCCUCCGCGUGAUCCGUCUGGUGAGGGUCUUUCGCAUCUUCAAGCUAUCACGCCACUCCAAAGGCCUCCAGAUUCUCGGCCAGACCCUAAAAGCCAGCAUGCGGGAGCUGGGACUCCUCAUCUUCUUCCUCUUCAUUGGGGUCAUCUUGUUUUCCAGUGCCGUCUACUUCGCCGAGGCCGACGACCCUACCUCCAGUUUCAGCAGCAUUCCUGAUGCUUUUUGGUGGGCUGUGGUUACCAUGACUACAGUCGGCUAUGGGGACAUGCAUCCAGUAACCAUUGGAGGCAAAAUUGUGGGUUCUUUGUGCGCCAUCGCUGGCGUAUUGACCAUUGCGCUGCCCGUACCUGUCAUUGUGUCCAAUUUCAAUUACUUUUAUCACCGGGAGACUGAUGGGGAAGAGCACGCACAAUACCUCCACGUUGGCAGCUGUCAGCAUCUCAACUCCAGAGAAGAUCUGAAACGGACACAGAGCACAUCCUCCCUCAGUAAAUCGGAAUAUAUGGUCAUAGAGGAAGGAAUAAAUAGUGCUUUCAAACAGCCAAACUACUCCAACCAGAACAAUCAAAACUGCGUGAAUAUUAAAAAGAUUUUCACAGACGUGUAAAUCAUGUAUAGUGCCAGACAGUCUUACAAUAAUCACCAUGAUGGCACCAAUGUGAAUGCGAGGUGCUGCAUUACUAGAGUACAACGGGGCUAAAAGCCUCCAUUUGAGGGAAAAUGUGAUUUUUUUUUUGUUUGGCUCCCAAAGUAAAUGGCAGUUGAAAAAAAAUAUUUUUACUGAAUAUAGAUGGAGAUAUAUAAUUUGCAUAAAGUAAAUAGUAGUUUGUUUUGAUUAAACAAAUAAAUCAAUACAAAGGCAGCUAGAGUGAAAAUCUGUCACCAUAUGCAAAUACUUUUGAUGUAGCAAGAUAUUUUAGAGUAACAUUUAAAUACUUCAGCAAAUGGUGUAGCUAUUUUCAGUUUAUUUACUCACUUAUGGCAUUUCAUGGAGUUACAAUGUAACUGAAGUCAGAUUUCACAUUGUAACUAGAGCAGUUAACAUCAGUCCACUUUGCACAUACUUAACAAAAUGAUAAUUACAGAAUACAGUUAGUUGCUCUACAGGUAGUCUGCAUCGUCAUCCUUUACCAACAUCAAUACAUUUUUGGCUAUUCAACAAGUACUGAAAUCUAAAUCUCCUUCAGCAAAAAUCAUAAAUCUGUAAGUCUUGAGAUAUAUACAAUAACUGUAAUGAUUUCUAUUAGCUACAUAAAUCUGAAAAACAAAAUAAGUAUUUUGUUAUUGCACGCCUUAAGAGUCAGAAAUCUGAAGAAAAAACUUCAAAAUCAGUCUUUUGUCAGUGCACACCUCAUGAAUCAGGACAUUUUCGCAGUGCAUAGAGAUAAACAGGUGUUUAGGAAAGUACUGUGGUAGUUUUUGUUGCUAUUUAGUGUUUUGGGAGUAUGUAAAUCACAAGGGCCUUUUACCCCGGGGGACCUUUAGAUCCGUUGUACCCUACAUGUUAUGGACAAGCCAGCAUAUUAAACUAAAAGUAUCGCAGGGCGCUUUUUUGGUAGAAAGGUGCCAAACUCCGAUUCACGUGUUGCAUUUGUCCACAGCACAAAGGAUAAGGUUCAGGUCAGGGACUAAAAAGAAGAAGCACCCACACUGCAAAUAUUGUGCUCGUAAGUCUGCGUUUGUUAUCAGUGUUAACAUAUAAUCAUCAUAAUACGUUAGUAUUCGCAAUAUCUUACGUUUUGUGGCAAAGUGAAACAACCAAAUAUGUGUCGCUGUUAAUGUGAACAAACUGAAGAUAAUGCUGUGUUGAUCAUAUGUAUUUUGUUGAAUAUAUGGGUGAAUCUUCAAUUAGGGGAACUUUCAUGUCACCUAAGGUGAUUUUAAAAGAAAAAAAACGUUUUAAAGAAUAGAUUAAAGUGCCUCUUUAAUUGCUUUUUCCUAAUUUUAAGAGUACUGAAAUGUGAAAUUUGCCAGAAUUAUCUCCUACCCAGACUUUUUAACUUCCCUUCUGAAGUAAUUUAUA